UGCGCUUUUUCUCCAGGAUUACGGUAUUCGCAUUGAAUGCUGAGACGAAGCUGCAUUUUUCCGCGGGGGGAUGGAUGGGUACGGUACAUACGGUCAUCUCGUGUAUGUGGUGUCUGCCUGCCUGCCUCUGCAGCACUGCACGAGCACCCGCAGCAGCAGCACCACCACCACCACCACCACCACCAGCAAGCAGACGGCGAUCAACAUUUCGGUUUCUUCUUAGCCUUGCCUCUUACCUACAACUCUGCCUACUCUCCACACUCUAGCACUCCAAGGCCCGGCUUGACUGGAUCUGAACAUGCCGGCGGCGCGGAGAGAGGGAUCGGCUUGGGCUGGCUGCUGGCUGCUGGCUGCUGGCUGCUGGCAAGGUCAAGGACCGCGGCGUGUAUCUUUGACACUCCUGAUCAUCCAUCCAUCCAUCCAUUCCAACUCUACAUCCUCCGAGCAUUCCUCCCUUCGACUCCAUCUCUCCCGCAAAUGGCAGAUAUCCGUUAGCUCCACCCGCCUCGCCCCGCCCCGCACCCGCCCUCUUCUUCCUUCAACUCCCUCUCAAUACAUACACCGAUCCAGCCAAAGGUCUCCCAGACAGAUAUUCUUCCCCUCGUUGCGGUUCAAGAGAAGUGAAAAAGGUCAGUAAACUUACAGAGCCCCAUCCCAUCCCCCCGCCACCUAGCGGAUGGACCCUAGAGUACCCUAUGCUACAUACGCCAUUUCUUGUUGUGCGUGGGGAAACUUUUCUUUGACGUUGACGUGAUGUGACUUACACAGU